AUGGACACGACCUCAAAACCCCCCGUCGCAUCGACCGACUUCCCCAUCCGAUACGACGAUCCAACCUAUCAACACGUCCAUCGCACACUCUUAUCUGGCUCGUUGCUCCGUCCCUUGGAGCCGGUUCUACCGCAGGGCAUGAGCCAGGAUGACCUUGACGCAGCUCUCGGCCAGUUCGUCGGCGUCGUGGGCAAGGACGGUGUAUUUGUCGGGAAGGCGCUGGAGGACUAUGUCGAUCCGUACAAGCUGUGGGAGGUCGAGGGGAAGAGGAGGGUUCCGAGUGCUGCUGUCUGGUAUGGCGGACCAGCACCGCGUCUGACCGGCUCCAUCGCUCUGGACCUGCACCGCAUGGACAGGGUCAUCGAGGUCCACGAUCAGUAUGCGUAUGCGGUCAUCAAGCCCGGAGUGACGUUCACCGAUCUAUACAACUACUGUGCUCGAAACAAGCUACGCGUGUGGCCGAGCGUGCCAUCUCUGAGAUGGGGGAGCGUCGUAGGGAAUACUCUCGACCGAGGCACCGGAUUCACUCCCACCGCCACUCACCACCAACACAUCUGCGGACUGGAAGUCAUGCUGGCAGAUGGCGACAUUGUCCGGACAGGCCAAUUCGCCAUCUCUAAUUCCCCCUCAUCGCAUCUCUCCAAGUUCACGUUUGGUCCGUCUAUCGAAGGCCUCUUCCUGCAGAGCAAUCUGGGGAUCGUGACCAAACUGGGCAUCUGGCUGCAUCCGCAGCCGCAGGCCUACAUGUCCUGUCUGUUCGACAUGCCGGAUCUGGAGGACAUCGAGACGCUGGUCGACAUCUUCGGCGAGCUGCGACGGAACGGCGUCCUGCCAAACACCGUGUAUGUGUCCAACAUCGUCGGAGCCAUCCCGAUGUGGCGGAUCCGCGAACUGCAGACGCAGCUGGACAUGGGGUACUGGUCUGCCAAGUUUGGGCUGUACGGACCCAAGGACGUCAUCCAGGCUCAUUACGACGAGCUGAAACGGAUCGUCGCUGAGAAAGCGCCCCGAGGCCGUCUGCGGGGGGAGAUGUUUGCGGGCGAGAACGGCCAGCUCCUCGACGCGACGGCCGUUCCAGAGCCCCAUGGAUGCUUCUUCGUCGGCAUCCCCAGUCUAUGGAGUCUUCCGAUGGUGCGGUAUCGCCUGCCAAAAGACGGCACCGGCAUUGGCGCGCACACCGACUACUCAGCCAUCAUCCCGUCGUCCGGGAAGACGCUGCUCGACUGGGUGCAGACAGCGAAGAAGGUCUGCGAGGCGGAGGCCUUCGACCUGCUCUGCGACUUCUUCAUGCACGAGCGGCACGUCAUCUUCGUGAACAUGAUGGCGUUCGACAAGAGCGAUGCGAGGCAGCGAGAGGCGGUCAAUCGGAUCUUCCAUGGGCUGUUCCGCGAGGGGAAGAAGAGGGGGUUUAGCAACUAUCGGGCGCAUAUCGAUCAUAUGGAUCUUGUGGCUGAGCUGUACGAUUUCAAUGACCACGCUUAUCAGAGGUUUGUGGAGAGGAUCAAGUGA